UCUGGAUUCAGCCAUAUUCCCUCCGCUCCGUCACACCGGCAGCCGCCCGCAAACUCCCGAAAAACGCUCCGUAAUCCUCCCGCACGCGCCCCGACGGUUCUGCCGGAGGUCCGUCGGUACCGUGAGUCCGUCCCGGAGCUCCCGGACAUGUUACCGAGCUGAUAGCCGACCCGCAGACAUGCAGCGGCCGCGGCCAGCUUGAGAGAGUCGACGGUCUGACCGAGAGGAAAGUCCAGAUUUACCGGGAUUAAAGCGGCGGAGGGCGGACCGGCGCGGGCCUGCAGGCAGUAACCGGCGGAGACACACCGACACACCGACAACCAGACUCCGCAAAAUGUCGGGAAUAUCUUCCCGGAGCUAACGAGGCGGCUAGCGGAGGUUAGCAGGCGGAGCUCGGCGGCACUCGGCAGGAAGCGGAGCUCGGUCGGAGGGUCAGCGGGAGCGGCGGUGACUGUCCACGGGAGAGAGGCCACUGUCCCCGGGCAGCAUGUCGGCGCAGGCCCGCCUGAAGCGGCUGGAGGAGCUGCUGCUGGAGCAGAAGCUGGUGGGCAGUCUGAGCGUGGAGACGCUGCUGGACCUGCUGCUCUGCCUGCACUCAGAGGUGUCCCAGACCCCGCUGAAGAGGGAGAAGCACGUCCAAGACUUCCUGGAAUGGGUGAAGCCAUUCACCACUGCAGUGAAGGACAUGAGACUGCACAGGGACGACUUUGAGAUGCUGAAGGUGAUUGGACGAGGAGCUUUUGGAGAGGUUGCCGUGGUGAAGAUGAAGCACACAGAGAGAGUUUACGCCAUGAAGAUCCUCAACAAGUGGGAGAUGUUAAAGAGAGCCGAGACGGCGUGUUUCCGUGAAGAACGUGACGUCCUGGUGAAAGGAGACAGUCAGUGGAUCACAACUCUGCACUACGCCUUCCAGGACGACAACUUUCUGUACCUGGUGAUGGAUUAUUAUGUGGGUGGAGACCUGCUGACUCUGCUCAGUAAGUUUGAGGAUCGUCUUCCGGAGGACAUGUCUAAAUUCUACGUGGCCGAGAUGGUGCUGGCCAUCCACUCCAUCCACCAACAGAACUACAUACACAGAGACAUUAAACCAGAUAACGUCCUGCUGGACGUGAACGGUCACAUCCGCCUCGCUGACUUUGGAUCUUGUCUGCGCAUGAUGGAGGACGGCACGGUGCAGUCAUCGGUGGCGGUGGGCACUCCGGACUACAUUUCUCCAGAGAUCCUGCAGGCAAUGGAGGACGGGAUGGGCCGUUACGGUCCAGAGUGUGACUGGUGGUCUCUGGGAGUCUGCAUGUACGAGAUGCUGUACGGAGAAACGCCAUUCUAUGCCGAGUCGCUGGUGGAAACCUACGGCAAGAUAAUGAACCACGAGGACCGUUUCCAGUUCCCGUCCCAUGCGACUGACGUCUCUGAGGACGCCAAAGAUCUGAUCCAGCGACUGCUUUGCUCAAGGGAACGUCGGCUCGGUCUGAACGGGAUCUCCGACUUCAAGAACCACCCGUUCUUCAGCGGCAUUGACUGGGACAACAUUCGGUCUGCGGAGGCCCCCUACAUCCCCGACGUGUCCUCGCCCACCGACACCUCCAACUUUGACGUGGACGACGACGUCCUGAAGAACCCGGACAUCAGUCCACCAGUGUCUCACACUGGUUUCACUGGUCAACACCUUCCCUUUGUCGGCUUCACCUACACCACUGACAGCUGCUUCUCUGACCGGGGUUCCGUCAGCCGGGCGGGAAUCACCCGCCAGGAGGAGGAGGGGGGAGGAGGAGGAGGAGGAGGAGGAGGAGGAGGAAGAGGAGGAGGAGGAGGGCAGGAGGUGGAGGUGUUUGAGAGGAGGAUCCGCCGACUGGAGCAGGAGAAACAGGAGCUGAACCGCAAACUGCAGGAGUCGACUCAGGCCCUGCAGGCUCCGGCUCGGGGAGGAACUCUGAGUCGAGACAAAGAGAUCAAGAAGCUAAACGAGGAGAUCGAACGACUCAAGAAGAAGCUGGCAGACUCUGAUAGGCUGGAGCACCAGCUGGAGGAGGCGGUCACACUCAGACAGGACUACGAGAGCUCCGCCUCCAAACUGAAGACCCUGGACAGACAGGUGAAGACCCUGAGACAGGAGAAAGACGACGUCCACAAGCAGCUGGUGGAGUCUCUGGAGCGUCUGAGGAGUCAGUCGAAGGAGCUGAAGGAGGCGCACUCUCAGAGGAGGUUGGCCCUGCAGGAGUUCUCGGAGCUGUCAGAGACGAUGGCCGAUCUGCGCUCCUCCAAGCAGCGUCUGUCCCGUCAGCUGAGAGACAAAGAGGAGGAGACGGACCUCCUCCUGCAGAAGAUGGACGCCAUGAGGCAGGAGAUCCGCAAGACCGAGAAGAGCCGCAAGGAGUUGGAGGCUCAGCUGGACGAUGCGAAGGCGGAGGCGUCGAAGGAGAAGAAGCUGAAGGAGCACAGCGAGGUUUACUCCAAACAGCUGGAGACGGAGCUGGAGAGCCUGAAGUCUCAGCAGGGUCGAGGGGUGGCAUCAGGGGGGGCGGAGUCUCAGCAGGAGCUGUCCCGGCUUAAGGCAGAACUUGAUAAGAAGGUCCUGUUCUACGAGGAGGAGCUGCUGAGGAGAGACUCGGCCCACUCCUCAGAGCUCAAGAACCUGCGGAAAGACCUGCAGGAGUCCGAGGGGGGGCAGCUCGCCGCCAACAAGGAGCUGCUGCAGCUCAGGGACCGGCUGGACAAGGACAAGAGGGACAGACAAACAGAGAUGGACGAAGCUGUUGCAGCUCUGAAGGAGAAAUACGAACGAGAGAAAAACCUGCUGACAGAAGAAAACCGCAAACUGACGACUGAAACUGACAAGUUGGCGGCUCAGAACCGUCAGCUGGAGGACGACCUCCAGGACUUGUCGUCUAAGAAGGAGAGCGUGGCUCACUGGGAAGCUCAGAUCGCAGAGAUCAUCCAGUGGGUGAGUGACGAGAAGGAUGCUCGAGGUUACCUUCAGGCUCUGGCCACCAAGAUGACGGAGGAGCUGGAAACACUGCGCAGCUCCAGCCUGGGAACCAGACCUCUGGACCCCCUGUGGAAGGUGCGUCGCAGUCAGAAGUUGGACAUGUCGGCCCGCCUGGAACUGCAGUCGGCUCUGGAAGCAGAGAUCCGAGCCAAGCAGCUGGUUCACGAGGAGCUGCGCAAGAUCAAAGCUGCCAACAUCGCUCUGGAAAGUAAGCUGAAGGAGUCGGAGGAGAGGAGCAGGGAGAUGGGGGAGCAGAUGGAGAAUCUGAAGAAGGAGAUGGAGGACAGCCGCUCCCGCACCGACAAAGGUCUGAAGCUUCCAGACUUCCAGGACUCCAUCUUUGAAUAUUUCAACACUUCACCUUUGGCCCCUGACCUCACCUUCAGGACUACAGACAUAGACUCCACCCCCCAGAAAUCAGAGACCACGCCCCCCUCGCCCUCCGCCACCUCAGAGCAGGAGGAAGUCCAAUCAGUGUCAGUCCCAGCAAGCCCCUCCCCCACCACCUACCAGAGCUCAUCACUGACCACACUGAAGCCUAAAGCUCACCAGCUGAGCAUCAAGACGUUCUCCAGUCCGACUCAGUGCACACACUGCACCUCACUGAUGGUGGGGCUCAUCAGGCAGGGAUUCGCCUGCGAAGUUUGUUCCUUCAUCUGCCACGUUUCCUGUAAAGACCACGCCCCCCUGGUCUGUCCAAUCCCAGCAGAGCAGGCCAAGAGGCCGCAGGGCGUCGACGUCCAGAGAGGCAUCGGCACCGCCUACAAGGGUUACGUCAGGAUCCCGAAGCCCAGCGGGGUGAAGAAGGGCUGGCAGCGAGCCUUCGCCGUGGUCUCUGACUGUAAACUCUUUCUUUACGACGUCCCAGAAGGAAAGUCCACCCAGCCGGGGGUGGUGGCCAGUUUGGUGCUUGACCUCAGAGACGAAGAGUUCUCCGUCAGCUCCGUCUUGGCAUCAGAUGUGAUCCACGCCACCAGGAAGGACAUCCCAUGCAUCUUCAGGGUGACGUCAUCACAGCUGAGCUCGACGCUGUGCUCGAUGUCUCUGUUGGUCCUGGCAGAAAGCGAGGUGGAGAAGAGGAAGUGGGUCCGGAUCCUGGAGGGUCUGCAGAGCAUCCUGACCAAGAACCUGCUGAAGAGCCAGCAGGUCCACAUCCUGCAUGAAGCCUACGACGCCUCGCUGCCCCUCAUCAAGACCACGUUGUCUGCCGCCGUGCUGGACCGGGAGAGGAUCGUCCUGGGAACAGAAGAUGGACUGUUCGUGGUUGAGGUCACCAGAGACGUGAUCGUCAGAGCAGCCGACAGUAAGAAAGUUUAUCAGAUCGAUUUGAUCCCGAAGGAGAAGAUCAUCGCUCUGCUGUGCGGUCGGAACCGUCAGGUUCACCUUCACCCCUGGGGGGUGCUGGAGGGCGCCGAGUCGUCCUUCGACAUCAAGCUGACCGAGACCAAAGGCUGCCAGGCUCUGACGACGGGGGUGCUGCGACCCGGAGGCUCCGCCUGCCUGCUGGCCGCCGUCAAACGGCAGGUUCAGUGCUACGAGAUCACUCGUGCGAAGCCUCACCAUAAGAAGCUGUGGGAGGUGCAGGCUCCAGGUGUGGUGCAGUGGUUGGGGAUGGUGAGGGAGCGGCUGUGUGUCGGCUAUCCUUCAGGCUUCGCCUUGCUGGCUCUGCAAGGCGAGUCAUCACCCAUCAGCCUGGUGAGCCCGGCCGACCCGUCGCUGGCCUUCCUGGCCCAGCAGCCACUGGACGCCCUGCACGCCCUGGAGGUCGGAUCCAGCGAGCUGCUGCUCUGCUUCAGCCAGCUCGGCAUCUACGUGGACGGACAGGGCCGCCGCUCCCGGACCCAGGAGCUGAUGUGGCCCGCCACGCCGCUCGCAUGCAGCUCUAAUUCGUCUCACCUGACGGUCUACAGCGACUACGGAGUCGACGUCUUUGAUAUUCACACCACCGAGUGGGUUCAGACCAUCUCUCUCCGCAAGAUCAGACCUCUGAAUGUUGAAGGGACGCUAAACCUGCUGAGUUCAGAACUUCCUCGUCUGAUUUACUUCAGCAACACCUCAUCAGAGGGAGAUCUCACCAUCCCAGAGACGUCGGACCACAGCAGGAAGUUGAUGGUUCGAACUCGCAGUAAGAGAAAGUUCCUGUUCAAGGUUCCCGAGGAAGAACGUCUUCAGCAGAGGAGGGAGAUGCUCAGGGAUCCAGAGCUGCGGUCGAAGAUGAUUUCUAAUCCGACCAACUUCAACCACGUGGCUCACAUGGGACCAGGAGACGGGAUGCAGGUCCUCAUGGACCUCCCUCUGGUUGGUGAUGUCACCUCCCUCUCCCCCUCUCCGUCUCCCUCCCCCUCCUCCUCCUCCUCCCGUCUCACCCUCAUCUCCCCUCCCUCCAACUUUGAGCACGUGUAUCACAUGACAUCGGCGUCGGCCGGCGCCUUCUUGCAGAAAGACGCCUCCUCUUCCUCCUCCCAGCAGAGCCUCCUGCAGCCUUCCUCCUCCUCCUCCUCCUCUCCCUCCACCUCCUCUCUGGGAAGGAGUGUGAUGCCUUCCUCUCAGGAUGACACCAUCAAAGAUAAACCCCGCCCACUGUCCAGUAUCUCCCGGCAACAGAGGAGCAAGACACACAUCACCCGCACAGCCUCAGAUUUUGGGGGAGGAGCUUCGUCUCGCAGCAUCUCUGAACCAGACCAGGACCUGGACCGAGAGCCGGACUCUCACUCGACCCCCUCUAACAGCUCUAACCCCAGCAGCCCCCCCAGCCCCAACUCACCCCACCGCAGUCAGCUGACCCUGGACAGCAUGGACACGGAGCCCUGAGGCCCCGCCCACCGCCCUGAGGCCAGCAGGCCCAUGAACCAAUCAGGCUGCAGACUGUGUUUUAGAUUUUACUUUGAUUUUAUUAUGGCGGGGUGAGUCUGAGCUUCCUGCUGCUUUUAUUUUUGUGGAUUUAACCUGCUGGGAAGCCCCGCCCCCUGGUUUUAAGCCCGUGCUGUUGCUAGGAAAUGCUGCUGAUGGCUGCUGUGUAUUUGACCUUUGACCUGUGGGACCACGCUGCUGCUGUCAAUCACCUCUUCUUCUUCUCUUUAUUAAAAUCCUUUCCUGUUUAACGUCGGAGCUUCAGCGGGGUGUUAGCCGCAGACGGGACGUCUCACUCUGAUGAAAAAACACUGUAUUCAUUUGAAAGUUUUGUUAAAGUUGCACAUCGUUGUUGUUGUAGCAGAAAAAAACCUUUGAUUUUGUGUCAGUGAUCCUUCCUGUUGCACCACGCCCCCCUGCCCCGCCCCCUGACCUCUGACCUCACAGAUCAGGUGAGCGGGGGGCGGUCCUGAACACUACUGCUUUGUUUCUUCCAAAAUCACAAGUUAACGAAUCUUUGUAACGACGACAAACAGAAACAAUAAAAGAAUCUGAUGAAA